ACACAAUGCUCAGGCUUUUCUCCUGUAUCCUUUAGGAAGUCUGCAUUAUUCAGAGAGCUGGCAGUCUUCCUCCAUCCCUUUAGUGAGCUAUAUUUGUAUCUGUGUGUGUGUGCUGAAAAGAAUCCAGGGAUACAUCAGUUCUUGAGUCGGGAAAGAUCUGGAAUGGACAUGGAAAUCCUUAAAUGGUUCACAAAAUAUGAUACGUAUGUGAAGGCAAAAAUGUCUCAAGUAAAGCAAGUUGGUCUUCUGGCCGCUGGAUGCCAGCCAUGGAACAAAGACGUUUGUGCAGCUAGUGGAGACAGGUUUGCAUACUGUGCCACUCUUGCAAUCUAUGUGUACCAGUUGGAUCACCGUUACAAUGAAUUUAAACUGCGGGCCAUUAUGUCCGAACACAAGAAGACAAUCACAUCGAUAUCUUGGUGUCCGCACAACCCAGACAUUUUUGCAAGCGCCAGCGCUGAUAAUCUUGUCAUCAUAUGGAAUGUGGCCGAACAGAAAGUUGUUGCUAGGCUCGAUAGUACGAAGGGAAUGCCAGCCUCUCUUAGCUGGUGCUGGAACUCUGUGGAUUCAGUUGCAUUUGUAUCCCACCGAGGGCCACUCUACAUUUGGACUGUUUCUGGACCAGAUUGUGGUGUGGCUGUUCACAAAGACGCACAUAGUUUCCUGUCAGACAUCUGUCUGUUCCGGUGGCAUCCAAAGAAAAAAGGCAAAGUGGUUUUCGGGCACACCGAUGGAAGCCUUUCAAUUUUUCAACCAGGAUGUAAGAGCCAAAAGCAUGUCUUAAGGCCCGAGUCUCUGGAAGGAACAGAUGAGGAGGAUCCAGUGACAGCUCUGGAAUGGGACCCACUGUCAACUGAUUAUCUUCUUGUUGCCAAUUUGCACAAUGGGAUCCGACUUGUAGACUCUGAAUCCCUGUCCUGUAUCACCACAUUCAGUUUUCCAAGUGCUGCUGCCUCUGUCCAGUGCUUGGCUUGGGUUCCAAGUGCCCCGGGAAUGUUCAUAACAGGAGAUUCUCAGGUGGGAGUACUCAGGGUAUGGAAUGUGUCCAAGACAACCCCGAUAGACAACUUUAAAUUAAAGAAGACUGGAUUCCAUGCUCUCCAUGUUCUCAACUCCCCUCCAAAGAAAAAAACAUUUUUAUCACAUUCGCCUACUAAAAACCAUCACACGUCAUCAACCAGUGAAGCUGUACCACCUCCAACACUGACACAGAAUCAGGCCUUUUCCCUGCCUCCAGGCCAUGCCGUCUGUUGUUUUAUGGAUGGGGGAGUAGGCCUUUAUGAUAUGGGAGCCAAGAAGUGGGAUUUUUUAAGGGAUCUGGGUCAUAUAGAAACAAUUUUUGACUGUAAAUUUAAGCCAGACGAUCCCAAUUUGUUAGCUACAGCAUCAUUUGAUGGAACAAUUAAAGUCUGGGAUAUAAAUACUUUAACAGCGGUAUACACAUCUCCGGGCAAUGAAGGUGUUAUUUAUUCACUUUCAUGGGCGCCAGGGGAUUUAAACUGUAUAGCUGGUGCAACUUCCAAAAAUGGAGGAUUCAUCUGGGAUGUUAAGAAAGGAAAAAUGAUAACACGUUUCAAUGAACAUGGAAAAAAUGGCAUUUUCUGUAUCUCCUGGAGUCAUAAAGAUUCAAAACGUAUUGCUACCUGUAGUGGAGAUGGAUUCUGUAUUAUUCGAACAAUUGAUGGUAAAGUUCUACAUAAAUAUAAGCACCCUGCAGCUGUGUUUGGAUGUGACUGGAGCCAAAAUAACAAGGACAUGAUAGCAACUGGGUGUGAAGACAAGAAUGUCCGCGUAUAUUAUCUAGCAACCAGCUCUGAUCAGCCUCUCAAGGUUUUCACAGGGCACACAGCCAAAGUGUUCCAUGUCAGGUGGUCUCCUCUCAGAGAAGGAAUUCUUUGCAGUGGCUCCGAUGAUGGUACUGUGCGUAUAUGGGACUACACACAAGAUGCAUGUAUAAAUGUGCUUAGUGGCCACACUGCUCCUGUCCGUGGGUUAAUGUGGAAUACAGAAAUUCCAUACCUGUUAAUAUCUGGCAGCUGGGAUUACACUAUUCGAGUCUGGGAUACAAGGGACGGUACAUGCUUGGAUACAGUGUACGAUCAUGGCGCAGAUGUGUAUGGUUUAACCUGCCACCCUAAUCGGCCAUUUACAAUGGCAUCUUGCUCCAGGGACUCCACAGUAAGGCUUUGGUCAUUAACACCAUUAAUUACACCCCUUCAAAUAAAUAUCUUGGCAGAUCGUCCGUGGGAGGAGAUCAUUGGUAACACUGACCGUGCAAUGGAGGCCGGAGCCCCUCCUUUACUCUGCGGGAAGGUGUCCCGGGAUAUUAAACAGGAAGUAGAUAAACUGACUGGGAAUCUGAGAGGGAAGAAACUGAGAUGGUUCUCAGAAUGUCUCUCUCCUCCGGGAGGUAGUAAAAAUCUAUGGGACUUAGUAGCAGUCCUAAAAGGUCAAGAUGACAGUUUACUUCCACAAAACUACUGCAAAGGAAUAAUGCACAUGAAACAUUUGGUUAGGUUUAAGACAUCCAAAGCACAGGAACUAACCACAGUGAAAAUGUCCAAAUUUGGUGGUGGUAUCGGAGCCCCUAGCAAAGAAGAAAGGUUAAAAGAAGCUGCAGAGAUCCACCUGCGACUAGGACAAAUCCAAAGAUACUGUGAGCUUAUGGUAGAACUUGGAGAGUGGGACAAGGCACUUUCAAUAGCACCUGGUGUUUCAAUGAAAUACUGGAAAAAACUGAUGCAAAGAAGGGCGAGUCAGUUAAUUGAAGAGGAAAAUGAUGAUGUUAUUCCCUACUGCAUAGCCACAGGGGAUGUGAAGAAGCUGGUCAACUUUUUUACUUCCAGAGGACAACUGAAAGAAGCUUUAUUGGUGGCACAGGCAGCUUGUGAAGGCAACAUGCAGUCUGGGCACGUUUCUGUACCUACUGUUUCUCCAACAGAUGGAAACAACUUUGAUGAUUAUAAUGAACUUCUCCAUCGAGUCAGCACAGAACUGGCUGAAUGGUACUUCCAAGAUGGGAGGGCAGUCCUUGCUGCAUGCUGUCAUUUAGCUGUUGAUAAUAUAGAACUGGCCAUGGCUAAUCUCAUCCGUGGCAAUGAGCUGGAGCUGGCAGUGUGCGUGGGCACAGUCUUAGGGGAGAGUGCAACACAAGCAACUCAGUAUGCAUUAGAGCUACUUGCAAGGAAAUGCAUGACUGUUACCACGUGCUUUCCAUCUCUUGGAUACAGGGAUUUGGCAGCAGAUCUUCUCAGGAUGAUUCCUGAUAACGAGCUUUUCCUAGUCAAACUGUGUGCUUUUUAUCCAGGGUGUGCAGCAGAAAUAAAUGAUUUGCACAGCAAAUGUGACCUGCCAUGUUUGGAAGAGUGUGCUCAGCUAGCAAAUCAAUCCCAUGAAGAUGGAGAUAUCUUUCAGGCCGUCAAAUAUUACUUGCUAAGUUCCGAACCAGAAAAGGCUCUUCCUAUUGGUAUCCAUUUUGUAAAAGAACAAAUAAGCAGCUCCCACUGGACUUUAGACUCCAUUUGUCCAGUUCUUGAUCUUCUCAGUUACAUACGAACUGAACGAUUAGUUCUCCAUAAAUGUAGUGAAGUGCGGAAUGAGCUGCUCAUACUAUGUGGAUACACUGGGGCUUUACUUGCCAUCAGAAGGCACUACACAAGCAUUGUCCCUGCACUUUAUGAAUACACAAGUCAGCUUUUGAAGCGUCGUGAGGUGUCUGUUCCCCUGCAGAUAGGGCAGCUGUCGGUGGAACUGGACGCAUGGAGAGCCUGCACUCUGUCUACUAACAAAUCAGGUGAUGAUCUUCCAUACACCCCUCCUACAGAGUCCCAAAGGAAAAUUUAUUCAAACCUUCUAUCAAAAAUAAAAGAAGAACCCCUUAAAGGAUUGACUGGACCAGACUAUGUUACAGGGUCCAACCUACCCAGUCACUCAGAUGUCCAUGUAUCAUGUUUAACUGGCUUACGGAUACAGGGACCAGUGUUCUUUCUGGAAGACGGGAAGUCGGCCAUUUCUUUGAACGAUGCCUUAAUGUGGGCAAAAGUGAACCCCUUCUCACCUCUAGGAACAGGAAUCCGUCUCAAUCCAUUCUAAUACAUGUUGCGCAGUUCUUCUUGAAAUAGCUCUGUACUAAGACACAACCAAGGGACUUACAAAAGCACUGAAACAACUUCUUUGCUCCCGAUCCAUCCAACAGUCCAACGCAUUGUUUUAUUUCCAAUGGAUGAAUGCAGAUAUUAUUGAACCCUGGGACAGGCAGCUUAAAAUAGAUUACUAUUUAAAGGGGACCCGUCACCCAAAAAAAAUUAUUCAAAAUCCUAUUUUAUCACAUUAGUCAAGCAAAAUGA